CACCGCCUUCACGGGCGUCUAGACGGCCAUCCCCGCGCUCAAUACGUUGAAUCUCUCCACUCGAAGGCCGUCGUCAACCGAUGAACUUAAAGGAGAUAACCGUAUCCGCUUUAAUCUGCCUUGUGUUCGUGCCUCUACGUCUAUGUGCUACACAGCCGCCUAAGAGAUGGUUGUAUCCUGACGAUGGCUUUCCACCAUCGCUUUCGAGUGUAUCAAUCUCUCGAAGUGAUGUCUCCGAGCGGUGGUAUCCCGGCCUCCCAUCCUCAGCCUGGGAAACUUGGAUAGGUAUAGAAAGGGUGGCGAGGAAUUUUGGAGUAUGCCAUGCCAGGGCCUUGUGUCAGAUAUAAACCACCGAGCGGAAGUUUUGAUAGAGCGUUGUGAUAAGGUUGGC